UUAAACUAAGUUCUGAUUUGUCGAUGACUUCUCACUAUUGUUACUAGUUAUAUUCUGACUUUUUUUUUUUUUAAACAUGUAGGCAAAUAAAUUUCUGUGAGGAAGAAGGAUGCAUGCUUUCAACCAUUAAAGGAAUCUCAAAACUGAAAAUCCGAAAAUCUUCAUCUUUCCCAAUUAGUAUUAUAGACACUGAAAAGUGUGUACUUAUUGAUGAUAAUGAAUGGAACAGAAAACUUGUCAAGCAAAAAGAAAAGGAUCCAUCAAGAAUUGAUUUGCUGGAUGAGAAAGACUGCAGAACAUUGAAAUUUAAUGGGGAAACAACUAUUGGUGCAUCAGUGUGUGCUGGACAAACCCUACCACAACAGAUUGUUGCAGUUGUUAGACCUGCUAGCUACACAUCUUCAAAGCUGUCUAAAAAGUUGGACCAGAAACAUUUUGUGAAGAUGGAUAGAGAGAUGCUCAUGGAAGUAGAACUACAAGGCACACAAAUGAAAUCAAGGGAGAAGAAUGCAAAACCUUUGUAUUCGGAUCGAUGUUUUCCUACAAACCGUGGAGGGUUGCAUGGUCUUUACAUCUUUCAACUUGAGUCCAAGAUCCCACACUUGUUCAAAAAGGCUGGCACUUACAUUUUCAGUUUCUCUGUUGAAAGUCUUACAUGCCACUUAAAAUAUCUACAAGAUAUCACAUAAUCUAAUUGAUAGAAUAUAUAUUUUCAUUUCAGGGUAAUUCAGU